GCGUCGAGAACACAGCAGGACGCUCAGUAUAUAAGAGGCGUUGCGUCAGACAAGGCAAUCCAUCAUCCCCAUGCAACAAGCCUACAGCUGAGGCGCGCUGUCACGACCAGCGCCCCGUUAUCCACGCCAAGGCACAAUCCCCAUUGUUCAGCCCACCAAGAGAGGACAAUGGCAGGCGCCAAUCCGUCAAGUCGCAGCUCGCUCGAGGCCCCCGAUGGCCGCAAUUCGACACAGCGGCCUGGAAUCAGCACAUUGCAGUCUCCAGAGCCCUACGGUGGUCAUGGCCUUUACACCGUUUCCGACCCACGGGCGUCAUCUGCACAGUCUCUCGUGCCCUCGCUCCCAGAAUAUGAGGAGUUUGCCAGGAGGAAGCUCCUCAUCAUAUAUAUUCACGGCUUCAUGGGGAACGACACAUCUUUCCAGUCCUUCCCGCUUCACGUUCAUCGCUAUCUGAAGGAUGCCCUGGCGGAAACCCAUGUCAUCCAUUCCAAGAUUUAUCCCCGGUAUAAGACGUACAAGGCCAUCGACGUUGCUCGCGACAACUUUAGCCGUUGGCUCCAACCCCAUGAGUCUCCCACCACCGACGUUAUCCUGGUCGGGCAUUCCAUGGGCGGCCUUUUGGCUGCGGAUGUCAUCUUGAUGCCUGGACAACAACCACAACAAACCUAUUUGAGGCAUCGCAUUCUUGGCGCAGUACAUCUUGAUUCUCCCAUCCUAGGCCUGCAUCCAGGUAUCGUCGUUUCUGGAAUAUCGAGUUUGUUUCGCGCCAAACCAGAGAAGCCUGGCUCGCCGACCAGCCCUGGUGCGCAACUUGGCGCAACUGGCAGCCAGAGUGAUGUACUCUCACCCACGCAGUCUCUCUACUCGGAAAGCUCUUUCGAUUCGCAAACCACAGCAGCUUCCAGCAUACCGCCGCCUGGACCGGGCUUCGCGGGGGCAAGAACGAUGGAUCCAAACUUUGAUCCGAGUUUCCCCAACGACGUGCGACUCAAGGAUCGGAGCUGGUGGAAGAACGUUGUCCACUUCGCCAAGAAGCACAGCUCGGAAGGGCUGAUCGAUGCGGCCACAAAGCACCUCAUGUCCCAUCUUGAGUUCGGCAGUUGCCUGAUGGACUUUGGCGGGCUUAAAGCUCGUUAUGAGAACGUGCGCAAGCUCGAGGAUGUUGACGAUAUCAAGAACUAUGGAUUCCCGCACGUCCCACCACAAGUCCGCUUCGUCCAAUACUAUACGGUCUGCUAUGGGUUUCCCAAGGUGCCAAAGAGUCCAAAAGUGGAAGAGUCACAGCCCAUGAUAACACAGAGUUUGGACUCGGUAGUGGUGGCAGAUUCGAAGCCAGCGACCGAAUCUGCAGACAAGCGGGAAGCGCCAAAGGAGCUUGUUCAAGCCUCUGAGCACAGUACACUGAACGUGAACGCUUUGGGCCCUAUCCCUAAGGAGGCCGGGUCACCGUCUCACCGCUCAGUUAGUGACUGGUCCGCGUCUGAGCUCGAGAUGCUUGAGCCCGAGCCGAUUCUUGAUGACGAACCCCUUCCUUCAGAGAACAAGAAUGAGAGCACAGGCCUGCAAACGACCACGUCUCAACCAGAUGCUGGCAAGGAGGAUGUUAACACCAGGGCUGAGAGUUCGGCUUCGUCCAUACUCGAGAAGCCCAGUGAAGGGGCAUCUGCCGUGGAGAAGCCGGACGGCGAAGCAACAUCUCCCAGUCCGCCAAGGAUAGUACAGGAGUCGGCUACAGGCACUCUGACCGACCUCAUGACUGCGACUUCAGCACUGUCACUUGACUUGCCGGCCAUCCCCGAGCCUCCGUCGCCACCAGAACUGCCGGACCUGGAGAAGUUCACAGACAAGGACGCGCGCAAGCUGGCAGAGAAGGAGUCCAAGCGCCUUCUAAAGGCCUAUGAGCAGGCUGUCAAAGACCGUAACAAGGCCAUCAAGGAGCGCGACAAGAUCAUCGAGAAACGCCAGAAGAAGCUCGCGCAGGAGGCCGAGAAGCGCGAGAAGGAGGCGCAGAAGCAGGCGAAGCAGGCCGAGAAGCAAAUGCAUAAGGACGAGGCAGAAGAGGCAAAGAGGCAGGCCGAGGCCAAAGCCGUCGCGGAUGCCGAGAAUAUCGCUCAGAGUGCGGCGGCGGCAGCGACGCUGACUGACGAGCAACUGAGUCCGCAGAACUCGAACUCAGGAGCCGCCGAGUUGAGCACGGAUCAUUCUCAGGCAGUAGCUGAGGGGGCUAGGUCACCCCCAGCGGCGGAGCAAGAGAACAAACCGCCAAAGAAGCUCAAGGAGCGCAAGUUCAUCAAUAUGCCUAGCAAGAUCAACGGGCAGCCUGACCCGAAGUGGGUCAAGAUCUUCAUGAAGGACAUGGACGAGACAGCGGCGCACACGAGCCUGUUCUUCCCUGGAGAGCACUACGAGAAGCUUGUCGGCGAUGUUGGAGAGCUGAUAAUGCAGUGGGUGCAGUAUGACUUGACCAAGAAGGCCAUUAUGGGAUGGAGCGAGGGGUGAGCUCGGGGUUCGGGUAUGAGGGGGAGAGGAGGGUACAGGUGCAGUGUCUCGUCUUUUCUUUGUCGUUGGUAGCGGCUAUACCUUAGUAUUAUUGUGCUUGUUUCUUUUGUACAUUUGCGUGUUUCCACGUUUUCAUGAAAGCGCGAUGUGGACGGCCCUGGUGGCCGCCGAGCUCGUGAAACUGGUGACGGGCAUUGUUGAAGACUUCCUUCCGCAAGCGAUGUAUUCAAUAGCAUUAUUGAUCUCCUUGCCGAGUGGAUUCCCCUGACAUAUUUCCUCACACUAGGCGACUUCUACUGUGACCUCAAUCAGGUCUAUGGGCAAUCACGCAUGAACUCCUACCGACGACAACGUGUGGCAUUUUGUGUUUUUUCUUUCUCUCGUCCCCGCCUUACUCAGAUCAUAUCAACGCGGCUUCUGAAGCGCUAUACAAUCCAGAAUCUAAAGUUAACACAAAUAUGCAUCCCCCCCCCCUUCUCUU